GCGCUGCGAGCAAUCACCCAUUACGUGUCUUCAGUUGUGGACCGCGAGUCGAGAAGGACAAACGGCAAUGUCGAUUUUGGACAUUCCCGCACGAGUACCGUGCCGACCGUCCCAUCGUGAAUCCAAUCGAAUAGAGUCCUGCCUCUUUUCAUUUCCUCCAGGAGUGUCACGGAUAGGUCCUUCCAGCCCCUGACCUUGUCAUCUGGUUUUUCCCCCUCCCGUGCUCUGAGCUCGAUAAAGCUUACCCCAGUUCGUGGACUGCGCCGUGGUCCGAGCUUCAUCCACCCCUUGUCUGUGGUCGCUCACUCCACGCGCCUCGAUCUCGACCUCCCCAGAUCUGCGCUUCCCGACUGUUUUCCCUUUUCUCUUGCUUGCGACUUUACACUACUGUACAGUCGUUACCUCAACUCAAUCCCAUUGCGCGUCUCCUUGAUUCUUUUUGUCGCAAACAUUUGGGUUUCAUGAGCCAUAUCUUCAGUGCUCGUUACUGCGAAGCACAAUUUAUUUUUUUCUGAGAGCUUGCUCUUAUAUCUGCCUACUUCCCCACAUAAUCGCGCAAUGGCCCCUGAGCUUCGCAAGCGCAAAGCUCCCGCGCAACCCGCGCCGCCUCCACCAGCCAAGAAGAAGGCUUCGCCCAAGCCCAAGGCCGCAGAGGCUACCAAGGCUAAAAAGGCUGUCACCCCACCCAAGGAGACAAAGCCCACAAAGUCGAAAUCUCCUGUAAACGGCAAGGAUUCGGUCAAGCCUGCUGCCUCCACCCCCGCAAAGGUUGGCGAUGUUGUCGACCUCGACGGCUUCGGGGGUGAGGUCGAGACGCACGACGGCAAGAAGGUCACCCUGAAGCAGCUGGUCGAUGAGAGCAAGGCCGGCGUCGUUCUGUUUACGUAUCCCAAGGCAUUGACACCAGGAUGCACCAAGCAAGCAUGCCUAUUCCGCGACUCGUACGAGCCGCUAACGGCUGGCGGACUGGCCAUCUAUGGCCUCUCGGCUGACACUCCCAAGGAGAACGCCAAGUUCAAGGAAAAGAAGGAGCUACCAUACUCGCUUCUGUGUGAUCCCAAGGCAACACUGCUCGCGGCCAUCUCCCUCAAGAAGGGCCCAGGGAAAGCGGCGCGUGGAGUCUUUGUCAUUGACAAGACCGGUAAGGUCCUUGCCGGCGAACUGGGCAGUCCGGAUAAGACCCUCGAUAUAGUCAAGGGACUGCUCGCUGAGACCAAUGGCGCUGCGAAGGAUGCAGCACCCAAGGUUGAAGAGGCCAAGGAGGUGGUAGAGGAAAAGAAAGAGGAAGCAGAGAAGGGCGAGAGUGAGAACAAGGAUGAGAAGGAGGCCGAGAAGGAGGAAGAGGCCGAGAAAGAGAAGGAUGAGGUCGAAAAGGAGAAGAAGGAGGCUGACAAGGAGGAGAAGGAGGCCGAAAAAGAGGAGAAAGAAGCCGAGAAGAAGAUUGAGGAGGAGGCUGAGAAGAAGAUUGAAAAGGAGACAGAGAAGGAUGCCGAACAGGAGGCUGAGAAGAAGGACUGAGAAUGACAUCCUGGAUCUCUCAGCGGUUGGUCGUUCCUCUCUGAAGGUCGAACUCCGUGGUAUUAUUUCUUUUACCUAUGUAUCAUAGUUUUUACCUAUGUAUCAUGGUGUAGGAUGAGCAACGAUGGUGAUUUUCGUUAUGUAAUGAUAUAUACAGCUUUAUAGAAGUAUUGCAAAACCAAA